AUGGGGGAGUCACCCGACACCAUGGACGACUAUAUGAGAAUGUCCGAAAGAACCGCAAGAGAGAGUUUGUAUGCAUUGUCAAGGGGUGUUGUUGAAACUUUUGGAGACGUGUAUUUGCGGAAACCUUCGUUGCAUGAUUUGCAAGAAUUGUAUGCGGUGCAUGAAGAACGUCAUGGGUUUCCCGGAAUGAUAGGAAGCAUUCAUUGCACACACUGGAAAUGGAAAAAUUGUCCGGUAGCAUGGAAAGGGCAAUAUGCAAGUGGUCAUCACGGAUCACCUUCUUUGUCGCCAAUAUUCGACAAUCUUUUGAAUGGAAAAGUCUUGGAUGCUCCUUUCACGGUGAAUGGAAACGAAUACAAAUAUGGGUAUUACCUUACAGAUGGAAUAUAUCCUCAGUAUUCCACAUUCGUGAAGGCAUUCCGCCACUCGGUUGAAGAACGAGACAAAUUUUUUAAAAGAAGACAAGAAGGAGCACGUAAGGAUGUGGAACGUGCUUUUGGAGUGCUGGAGGCGAAGUGGCAUAUAGUCGAACAUGCAACACAAUCAUUGGAUUUAGAAACUCUACGAUAUAUAAUGUAUGCAUGUAUCAUAAUGCAUAACAUGGUAGUAGAAGAUAAAGGGAGAAAUAUUGCACACUAUAUCCCAACGAAGUCCAGACACGUUCAAUUUCAACCAGGAACAACAUAUUAUUUGCAUCGCGUUGUUGACAUUCAUGACGCAAAUAAAUACAGAAAACUUCGAGAGGACUUGGCAGAUUAUAUCUUCUAUGGUAACAAUAACGAUAACGAAUAA